AUGGUCUUGUCAUCCUCGAUCCCCUCGCAAACGCCAUACGGCUCCAACAAGCACUCGGAGCAUAGGGUCUCCCGUCCGUCUCCUUGGCAGAGUGAAGAAUUACAAUGGCUUAUCAAAUACCUUCGCCACGCGCCGCCAGAGGACUUCGCACCCGAAAUGGUACAAGUCAUUCAAAACACACGGGCCUCUAAAGAACAAUUUCGAGAACUCGUAGAAACUCUCGUCGCAAGCCUUCCGGAAUUAGCACGGCAAAUAUGUGUUGGUUUUCCUGGUGAAAGUGAAGAGUGGUAUACUCACUUCACCGUUUGGUUUAUGGCGUGUAGGCUGUGUAAGUAAUAUGAUUCUUGACUACGCUGACCUGUGCUAAUCCCCUCAGUCGGCAAUGACAUUGAAUGCCCUUUUGUGCCUCCUCUGAAGAAUAUAACACCCAAGAAUGUGACCACUGCAAAGCGCGCCAAGGAAUUCCUUUGAGUAGCUUAUACCGACUACGAGCCAGAGCGCAGACACGGUAAAGUGAUGAUCUACUACCAUUACUGUGUCCCAACUGACCGGAAUUUUUAGACAAAUUAGUCAACCCCAUGGAUCGUGAAGCCCGUCUAAUGAGGUACCCAUCAAUGGAAGCCCCACCAAACUACCCGUCUGGUCCAGAAUAUGAGAUCUUGAGUCUUCAUAGGGAGCUCGCCAAGAAGAACGAAGAGAUCGUGGCACUUAAAGAAGAGGUCAAGAGGAAGAAAAAACAUGUUUCGACUCUUUUGGAUGCUCUCCACAAAGUUACCCAAUGA